GGGCCGGCUUCGCUGCGCUGCGCGGGGCUGGGCUCGGCCUCGGCCGCCGCCGCCGCCGCCGCCGCAUCGGGGAGAAGAACUUGCCGAGGGGCGGGUGGAGGGGCCCGGCUUCCUGGAGCCCGGAGCCAGAGCCGGAGUCGGAGCCGGAGCCGGAGCAGGAGCUAGGGCACGUAGGGCGAGCACCCUCUCCUUGCACCCGGUAUGUGUCUCACCCUUCCAGGUGAGCAGGAUUUCCCUUCAGCUUCCUUGGCCUGUAGAUUCCCAGGACCAGUGUCUCCUUCUGUUCCAUCUGCCAAGCGGAUCCCUCCCAUGAGCCACCAAGUCCAGUGGGGUCAGGUGUACGGCACAGAUAAGUCAGCGAUGGAAAUUCCACGGGAGAGAAUGAGGGGAGCCUGUGUGACUUCUUCUGGGUGUGGAUACCUCAUCAUCUCCCUUGUCAGUCUCAUGCGUCAGCAGCCAGCCUGCAGCAUUCGCCAUGGUUUUUGGUGAGUUUUUCCACAGCCCUGGACAAGACGAGGAACUGGUUAACCUGAACGUUGGGGGCUUCAGGCAGUCUGUUGGCCAGAGCACCCUCCUACGUUUUCCUCAUACCAGACUAGGGCGCUUACUCACCUGCCACUCCGAGGAGGCCAUCCUGGAGCUCUGUGAUGACUACAGUGUGGCUGAGAAGGAGUAUUACUUUGACCGAAACCCCUCCUUGUUCCGCUACGUCUUGAAUUUUUACUAUACGGGCAAGCUUCACGUCAUGGAGGAGCUCUGCGUGUUCUCCUUCUGCCAGGAGAUUGAGUACUGGGGCAUUAAUGAGCUCUUCCUCGACUCCUGCUGCAGUAACUGGUACCAGGAACGAAAAGAUGAUAAUCCCACCAAGGACUGGGACCAGAAGAGCAACGACGUGAGUACGGACUCUUUCGAAGAGUCGUCCAUCUUUGAGAAGGAGCUGGAGAAGUUCGACAUGAUGCGCUUUGGCAACCUCAGGAAGAAGAUCUGGAUCAGGAUGGAAAACCCUGCCUCUUGUUUGUCAGCCAAGCUCAUAGCCAUCUCUUCCUUAAGCGUCGUGCUGGCGUCCAUUGUGGCGAUGUGUGUCCACAGCAUGGCGGAGUUCCAGAAAACAGAGGAUGGGGUAGAAAACCCCAUUUUGGAGGCGGUGGAAAUCACAUGCAUCGUCUGGUUCACUGGUGAAUUAGUGAUAAGGCUGGUGGCUGCCCCUUGUCAAAAGAAGUUCUGGAAGAGCCCGCUAAACAUCAUUGACUUUGUCUCCAUCAUCCCUUUCUACGCCACAUUGGCUGUGGACACCAAAGAUGAGGACAGCGAAGACAUUGAGAAUGUAGGGAAGGUGGUUCAGAUCCUGAGGCUCAUGAGAAUAUUUCGUAUCCUGAAGCUGGCCCGGCAUUCGGUUGGGCUCCGGUCUCUUGGGGCCACAUUGAGACACAGCUAUCAUGAGGUUGGGCUGCUCCUCCUCUUCCUGUCAGUGGGAAUUUCCAUCUUUUCUGUGCUUGUCUACUCUGUGGAAAAAGAUGAUGCUCAGUCGGGGCUUACCAGCAUCCCUAUCUGCUGGUGGUGGGCUACCAUCAGCAUGACCACUGUGGGCUAUGGAGACACCCAUCCUGUCACGUUGGCAGGAAAACUCUUGGGGAGCACCUGUAUCAUCUGUGGGAUCCUGGUGGUGGCCCUUCCCAUCACCAUUAUUUUCAACAAGUUUUCCAAGUAUUAUCAGAAACAGAAGGAUGUUGAUGCGGACCAUGGCAGUGAUGAGCCAGCCGAGGGCUGCAACGAGCUACCAUACUUCAACAUUAGGGAUAUUUAUGCUAAGCGAGUACAUUCCUUUAUCUCUAGCCUUUCUUCUGCAGGGAUUGUAGUGAGUGAGCAAGACUCCACAGAUGCAUCUAGUAUUGAUGAGGCUGAGGACAUUUAUGACACUGUAUCCUUAGAGAAUGACACAAUGAAGUGAUGCAUUCUGGAGACAUCAGCUGCCUAUGGGGGAUUCAGGAGGCUGGGUUUGAGUUAUGGCUCUGCCAUUUGCUAGCUGUGUGACCUUGGGCAAGUCACUUGCUUUCUAGGAGCCUCAGUUUCCCUCUUUGUCAAGGUGGGAGAGUUAGGUUCAGUCUCUGAGAUCACUUCCAGCUUUGACAACCUGGGACCCCUGGGACUCUGGUGAGAGGCUUUCAUGUUGGUUUUGUUGGGGUCCUGCUGCCAUUCUUCCAACAUUUAGCCACUCUGACCUUCUAGCCUUUGGCACAUUGGUUCAGAUCACUAAUUCUCAGGGUGAACCUUUUGGCCACGGUUAGACAAUCAUUGCUCGUAAUUCAUAGCUCAGGCUUUAUUUUUUUCUCAAGGAGGCUGAAGAAGAUGCCUGAUUCAGCAAUUUAUUUUUUACAUAGCGUCCUUGAUGCAGUUUGAGACAAGGGAGGAAGCAGUUCUAAAUGCCGCAUUGAUACCCGCAACCAGCGCACAGGGGACAUCCUUCCUCAUGGGCUAGGAACUGACCAUAGUCCUGAUGAAGGGAAACUGCUGGUGUGUGGCACGGGAUGCAGGCAAUGAAAGAUUCUACAUGCAUGUAAAAGCCAUGAAGUGAGAACGGUGCAUGUGCAUUCAAGUUCACACGCUAAACAUGGAGAUUAGGAGCCUAAUAAACAUCCUACA